ACAGAAGACACAACAACGUCUUAGCUUGCACGUCGUGACAAUGCAUUGCUGGGUUCACUUUCAUGUUCACCACGUCGAUUCAUCUUCAUUGUGCUUGAUACCAGGCUCACCAUGCUCGGUUACCUACGUUCUUUCGAAAGCAUACACCGCUCAGCAUGACAAAUCGGCAAGACCACGCCCUCGAGUCCUUCCUUGACCUACCUGCCGAGCUUAGACACAUGAUCCAUGGACAUUUCUUCGAAAUGAAUUCUCUGCACCGACAGUUCUUAAACCAAUCCGUGAGCCUCAACGAGAUUUGCGUACUACAUCGGGCUCAGAAGCUAUGCGUCAACACCGCUGUUCCCCAAUCGAUCGCUAGCCUACGCACAAUUGGGGUGAUGAGCGAGAUAGUUCAUCGAAACGAAUACAGCUUCUUCUACGUCUCCACAGAAGUACUUCUCUAAGGCGACGGUAUCAUGAAUUUGGGGAACUGCGGUCUCUUGCAGAAGUUAUUGCGAAGAUUAGACCUGACGGCGCCGAAUCUCUACAUUCCACGCAGUUUGA